AUGGCGGUUUUGUCCACGGGCUUCGGCAAAAGCCUUAGAUUUCGCGUGUUUGUCGAAGCCAUGGAGAUAAUACUUCAACGUAGUGUUUCCGUAUUUAUUGUUUGUCCGAUGGUGGGGAUAGAGCAGGACCAAAUUUUAGAAGCCGAAUCACUUGGCAUUACUUGUUGCUCGCUAAAGAAAUUGAAAAUGGCGGCUGACACGAAGCUGAUAUUUGCAAGUGCCGAGGAAAUCCAAAAUCCAGAAUUCAGAAAAUUAUUAAAGAAUCCAAACUCCAUACUAAAUACAUCUUUAGAGCUUAUCGUGAUAGACGAGUCCCACACCACAGAAACUGCUUCA